AUGCCUCAGGACGAAUAUGAUGAUGAGGGUGCUCCUCCCCAACACUAUCAAGACGACGAGAACGCUAGCAUACGUUCAACCGACUCCGCCGUGCUGAUCGCCAAUUCCGAAGCUUCCGGCGAAGAGCGCUUUCCACCCCAAUCGUCGCACUACAUCAGCCAAUACAUACCGCCGCGGUUGCAACAGACAUGGCCCAGUAUUGUAACGUGGGUGAAAGGCCCGCAGCCACCGCGGCCGUGGAAGAUUCACCCGUACUUUCCGAAGAUCCAAACUGCGCCGAUAGAGUUCAUAAACAAGUUCUUCCCGAAAAGGAAGCAUAAGAUUAUGCUGUUGGUGGCUUUCUAUUUCUGCUGGAUAUUGAGCUUUGUGCUGGUGCUGCAUCGUAGUGCGUUUGCAGCCGACGUACCAGGCUAUGGUGCACCGGUGAGGAUUGGCUGCACCGAUCGCCUCUGGAAUGAUGGAAAUAGCUGCGGCUUGAACGGGGACCUGUGCAGGCCUUUCGCGAAUAUCACAAUGCCAUUCCGCUGUCCUGCGACAUGCCGAAGAGUGAUCAUACAGAAUCCACACACUGUUGGUGAUCAGACAGUAGUCUACAAGCAAGUGGUAGUUGGAGGUCCUACUGAUGCGCAUCAGUCCCUAAACAGCACCAUCUACCGCGGCGACUCUUUCAUAUGCCAGGCUGCAAUUCAUGCUGGCUUUAUCAGCGACACAAACGGUGGCUGUGGUGUUGUAGCUCAAAUCGGUGAGCAAAGCGGAUACCCCAGUGUGAACAAGAACCACAUCAAAAGCACUGGCUUUGAUUCGUAUUUCCCCAAGUCUUUCACCUUCGUCCCGGGGACUCAAGCUCAAUGCCGCGAUCUGCGCUGGCCACUUCUCGGCGUUUCCCUGACUUUUACCAUCCUGUUGUCUCUUUUCGUUACAUCUCCAUCUGUUUUCUUCGUCUCCGAGUUCUUGGGCAUCUUCUUCCACGUCGCCCUUGUGUCUGAUCCGCCAAACUUGAGCAACUACUACGCCUUGAUCAGCAUGGCCAUCGGUCGCCUCCUACCUGCUGGCUUCUGCAUGUACGCCGUGUACUUCUUCGCGGUCAAACACUCACUGCUGGGUCUUGACGCACAGAUCGAGAAGACCAUCCUCUGGCUCGGAGGAUGCUGGAUUGGCGCCCUCAACAAUUACACCUUCGACCACAUUCCCAUCGAACGCCUCACUCCUCACGAUAUUCAGAAUCAACCUGGUGCUAUUCCAGCACUCAUCACUGUCGUACUCGUACUGUUCAGCAUUGCCCUCGGUCAAGUCUGGGCUUUCCGCGUCGAAGGCCGUCUGCCAAAGUAUUUGGCCAUUUACGGUAUCCUUGUCGGCUGUGUACUAGCGCUUGUCGCAAUUCCUAAUAUGAAUGUGCGCAUCCAUCACUACAUCCUUGCUCUCCUGCUGGUAACUGGCACGGCAAUCCAAAACCGCCCCAGCCUACUCUGGCAGGGUAUUCUCAUUGGCCUCUUCAUCAACGGCGCAGCGCGUUGGGGUUUUGCCAGCAUUCUCGAAACCCCCGAUGCCCUUCGUGGCGAUGCGCCGGUCGGUUCUCUGCUUCCCUUGAUCACUGCACCGAUCAUUCACAACAAUCUGAACCUACACAGUCUCAAGGCGAACAUUACCUUUGAUUUCCACCUGCCAUUCCCGGAGUCGUAUGAUGGUAUCAGUAUCUUGGUCAAUGAUGUUGAGCGUUACCACGAGUUUGAUGACCGCAUGGAGGGAAGCUGGACUUGGGUAAAGCACAUGGAGGGCGUGCCCGAGUAUUUCAGGUUUGCGUAUCUGAAGAGUGGCGGGAGAGGAGAUUAUACGAAAGCUGGUAUUUGGGGCGCGGAUGGCAGUUGGACGGAUAUGGCGUCUGGGCCCUCGGGAUAG